GCGCUGUGGACCAGGAUGAGCGUGGGUCUCGCUUUUCCGCAGGAAAUUGAAGUUGGCGGUGGUCGGAAAGCUAUCAUAAUCUUCGUCCCGGUCCCUCAACUGAAAUCUUUCCAGAAAAUCCAGGUCCGGCUGGUGCGCGAGUUGGAGAAAAAGUUCAGCGGGAAGCACGUCGUGUUCAUCGCUCAGAGGAGAAUCCUGCCUAAGCCAACUCGAAAAAGCCGAACCAAAAAUAAGCAAAAGCGUCCCAGGAGCCGCACGCUGACGGCCGUGCAUGACGCCAUCCUGGAGGACCUGGUCUUCCCGAGUGAAAUAGUGGGCAAGAGGAUCCGCGUGAAGCUGGACGGCAGCCGGCUCAUAAAGGUGCACUUGGACAAAGCGCAGCAGAACAACGUGGAGCACAAGGUUGAAACAUUUUCUGGUGUCUAUAAGAAGCUCACGGGCAAGGAUGUUAAUUUUGAAUUUCCAGAGUUUCAGUUGUAAACAAAAAUGACUAAAUAAAAUAGUAUUCCCAAUG